AUGACGGAGCGCAGCUACGAAGAGCCGGUCAUAUACGCGGCAUUUAUGACCGGCUCUGCUAUCACGGGUAUUAUUAUCAACUGUUUCACCCUGUUCGUAAUCUAUGCAGCGUCACCGGUUAGGAUGAAAAAGUACAAAUGGCUAUUGUUUACUUAUCAGUUCCUGUCGAUUUGCUUCGAAUUGUACAUUCAUGCCAUUUUGCCCGAAGUUUUCCUACCGACCAUAUCGAUGCGCUUUCGCGGCGCCUUGUUUCGCAACGUGGACCCGCGAUCGGUGUUUGCUUACGGCGUUUGGGGGAUGAUGGCAAUGCUUACUGCAACAAUUGCCUGCAUACUGUACCGUCAGCAGCAUCUGGUGCCAGCCUAUCAUCGGUUCAGAUUGCGGCUCGGCAGCUCCCUCGCGUUUCUCCUUGUACCUCCUUGCUGCUUUUGCAUAAUUCUGGACUUGGAGCUUCCCGAGAUAAAGACAUCCCAGGGUAACAACGAAACCCCGUUGCUGCUCAAGGUCUUGCAGGAUUUUGACCAUCGCUGUACAGCAGACACCUACGAACGAAAAGUCGCUGCCCUCUACAAUUCGACCGGCGACUUCAUUUGGCUGACA